AAAAGUCAAAAUCUCCAUGGGUCUAGAGAUAUCUCAAUGGAAGUGGGUCUUAUUUUGAUGAGCUAUCAAUCUCAUCUCCAACCAUUCAAAACUAAAAUUUCUACCCACCACGGCACCGUACAUCACAAUCAAUCCAAUUUAUUAAUCCUAAAAAAUCUCUCCUCUCAGUCUCAACCUUAUGCUUUCUUAUCCUUCUCACAAUCGCAGUAUUUUGCAGUGGCUAGUCUACAGAGAAUGGAAGAUGAGGUGGUGGUGAAGAUUGGGAUUCAAGGGUGCGAAGAGGUCGCCCGUCGUUGGGAUGACGGAGCUCAUUCCACCGUCAGACAGAUUGUGAUUAAUCAUGAAAAGUGUAUCUACUCGGUGAACAUCGAGUAUGACAACAAUGGGGAAUCAAUUUGGAAGCCCAAGCAUGGGGGAAACAAGGGUUCUACUUCCAAGGUUGUUUUAGAAUAUCCAAACGAGUACCUGAUCUCAAUCCAUGGCUACUACAGCGACAUAGGGAAGAUAAUGGAGAAGAGAGCUGCAACUCCAACCACAGUGAUUCGAUCGCUAACUCUGGAAAGUAAUACAAAAACUUACGGACCAUUUGGGAUGGAAGAAGGAACCAAAUUUUCAUUCCCAAUCAUGGAGGCAAAGAUCGUUGGAUUCCAUGGCAGUUCUGGUUGGUUUCUCGAUGCAAUUGGGAUCUACGUACAACCAAUCUCUCAGUCGCUGCAAGCUCAACAUAAAUCUGAAGUUGAAGUUGAAACUGAGAUUGAGCAAUUUAGUUUGGGAGAAUAUGGUGGUGAAGGUGGGGAACCAUGGAGUGAGUGUUUUCAAGCAAUCAAACAGUUGGUGAUUCAUAAUGAUGAACAUUGGAUUAUUUCUAUCCAAAUGGAAUAUUUGGAUGAGAAUGGAAACUUUGUUUGGUCUCACAAGCAUGGUGGAGAGGGUGGUUCUGCAUCCCAGCUAAUGCAGGAAGCAGUCGCAAAUGCGGAAGCCAGGCUAUCGCAAAGACAACUGCAUGCGGGGAAUCUCUCCAUCGCAGAGGCGAACAUAUACGUUCAACGCAUAGAUGUUGCGGCCAUUAACCGCAUGCGUCCAUCGCAUCGAAGUUGCAACUGUCAAGCGAAUGCGGUCAUCGCAGAGAGAUUGCGACUAACCAUACUAGUGGGAUGAUCGCAAGGGUGGUGGAAGGCAUUGAUACUCUAGAAACCAAUCAUGAACGCAUACCUCGGGAGUUUCAAAAGAUGAUGUUGACAUUUCACCUACCACGCCGUUAGCAGCAGAGAUUCCGAAAAGGACCAUCGCGCCGCGAAGUGUUAGAUUCAGAGCAAGUUCAUAAAUGUUGUCGGCGAUCAAGCUUUAUAAAUAGAAGCAGUAGAGAAAAAUUUCAAAUCAUCCAAGUUUCUACCUUCAGGUGGAACCUUGUGAUCCAGACCAAAGCGUGAGAAGAUAGUCUUGAGAGUU